ACGACACGCUGUGGUUUCCUCUUCAGUCAGUUCAGAGCCACACAUGGGACUAAAACACAGCUCUUAUACACAGGGUUAUGUGGUUGUGACUGAAGGAUGAGUUGGUGAACAUCAGUGUGUACCGUGUCCUCAGGAGAAGCUGCUGGUUUAUAACCUCAGUGUGUGAGGAGACGACGUCCUCUCAGCCUGGAGUCCCUCCUGGUCUUAAGGACGUCUGCAGACAUGACCAUCUACACCAGCUCCCUGAUCCUGUUUUGCCAGCUUGUUUUGACGAGUUCUCCCUCUCUCUCUCAACGAACGCCACCGUAUGAAAUGGCCAAACUCGGUGAGCCUGCUACUCUCACCUGCCAGGGGGAAUGUUCCGGUUCAGCCCGGUGGAUUAUGGGCCGUAAAGGUCCCUGUGUAGCCGACUGUAAUCAUACAAAGUGUCACCAUGAGAAGGGCUUUAACAUCUCACAUUAUCGGUACCUAAAGGGAGAUCUGUCUCUCACCAUCAACACAGCUGAUUACAGGAAGAGGACCUGGUUCACCUGUCAGUGUGAUGGAGAACUCAUCCGGCGUGUGUAUCUUCGCUUCCAGCGUAUGAACUACAGCUUCCAGCUGGAACAUGGAGAGUCCUUCAGUGUGAAUCACUCCAUCUCAGAGCGAGUGAAGAUCACGUUUAACAGGACAGCUGAUGGUGGGAGUCAGGAGUCUCUCACACUCUAUGAAACCAGUGAGAGUAAAGUUCACUAUCACACUGACUAUAAGGAGAGAGCCGUGUCCAAGUCCUGCUUUAUUCUGAGUGAUGUCACAGUCUCUGACAGCGGGGUGUACGCCGUGUGGGACGCUGAUAAUGAUGAGGUCAUAGCUACAUACAGACUCACUGUUACAGAAAAGAAGACAGAUGGAAAAACCCUGCCUCCAGUAACAGGUGAACAGGCACACAGCAGCUGGGCUGUUGGUGGUAUGUUCUGUCUGGGUUUGGUGCUCGGUGUUCUCCUCCAUCGCUAUGUCCUUCCAUGGACAUCAAACAAGUGGAACAGGCUGAAGAAAAAGAUCACAAAUGGUUCUGAGCGUGAUCAGAGACCAGCGGAGGAGAAUGAUGAUUCUGCUGAAAAAGAUACGCUAAACCCUGCAGCUUCCAGUCAAGUCUCGGAUGGAUAAUCAUCUCAUUUUCUUCAUCUAUAUCGCUUUAUCCUGUAUACAGGGUUGCUGGGGGCCUGGAGCCUAUCUAGGGUGAACUGGAACCUUCUGACUAGGGCACGAGGCGGGGUAAACCCUGGAUGGGGUGCCAAUCCAUUGCAGGACAAAUUACUGACAGCAUCACACAAAACUGGAAGAAAAGAAAUGUCACAGAUAAAUACAAAUCCGGCACACUCCUCAACACACACACACACACACACACACACACACACACACACACACACACACACACACACACACACACACACACACAAAAACAGCAAAAAGUCACAGUGAGAAGAGAGGAGAGUCACGCUCUAUUCCCUUUAUGACUCUUGGGCUGAUUUCAACUUAAAUAAAUUUUGUAAAACUGAAUCAAGGUUGCCAGAUUUCAGCAGAUAACC